AUGGCGGAGAGCAUUUGCUUGACUUUCGUGUCAAAAUGCUGCCAGCGUACUUAUGACUCUGUGCGGUACGAGCCUUUGAGCGCUGUCGUCCUGUCAGAGGGCCUCAAGAUGCUCAUCUCCCUCGCCGUCGCCGCACAUGGCUUUUUCAGCAAUACCGAGGAUAGCGCCGCACAUUCUCCCGAUUUCCUGAGCCACGUGCUGGCCGGUCACGACAGCUCCGCUGUGCCAGCCUUUUUGUACACGCUCUCAGCCACGAGCCAGAGCCUCGGAGCAUACCACCUCGACAUCCUGCCGUACCUGAUGCUCUCGCAGGUCAAGCUCAUCCUCACGCCGGUGUUCAGCAGGGCGUUUCUCAAGCAGACCCUGCAGCCGCACCAGUGGCUGUGCCUGGUCGUCAUGACGACGGGCAUGGUGUUGGUGCAGGUUGGCUGUGCAGCGCGUUCUUUUGGCGCGCCUCGCGCGGAUGAUGCAGGGAAAGACAUGAUCUUCGGAAUUGUCGCGAUGCUAGUUGCAGGAUUCUGCAGUGCCUUUGCUGGUGUGUACAUGGAGGCCGUCCUCAAGACCUCAGAAAAUAGCUUCAUGGUUCGAAACGCCCAGCUGGCAGGAUAUACUUGCCUGUGUGCUCUCGGCGGACUGAUGUGGCAGUCGGAUCUGGGGAUGGAAGGGAGCUUCCGCGGUUAUACCGUUUUGGUCUGGGCCUUGGUCCUGUUGCAAGCCGUUGGCGGAUUCCUGGUGUCGUGGGCAGUUCGCAUAGCGAGCACUAUUGCCAAAAACUAUGCCCAGAGCUUGGGGUUUCUGGCAGCCUUGACAAUCCCACUCGUCUUGUCGCCUCACGCAUUAAGUACUGAGCUAUAUUGUGGCAUCGCAUUGGUCCUGGGAGGUGUCUUUGGGUCGUUGUGGAAGAAAGAAGCGCCUAUCAAUCCUGCAGAACGGCUGGAGAAGGACGAAAAGCCCAAAGAUGCAUCAAUGGUAUGA